UAGGCCUAUAAGAAAACCAGCAGUGGAAAAGAGACAUAUGUGUGUAAUUGUAGCCUGUAUGAGAUGUGAGUCAGAAAAUAUCUGACUACAGCUGACCCAGAUGAAAUUGACUUCUCUGAUGUGAAAACAAACAUCCCAAUGAGACAAUAAUGUCUCUACUCCACUCCCCAUGCGACUCACAUGACUGAUUUCUCCUCUUCUUCCUGCUUCAGGUCUCCAUUCCCGGCCUCCUCCAGCCAAGAUGGAGCGCUUCAGGGCGGUGGCGACUCCACUACCCCCACCAGCGAGGCUCCGUUAGGGGCCACUGAGGACUCCAGCCUGCCCCCGAAGCCUCCAACCACCACCACCACCACCACCACCACCACUAGAGCUGCGACCACAACAACGCCCUCGCGGACCACCACCGACUUCUUUGGAGAUGUACGCUACGCUAGUGAAGACGUGCCUCUGCAAUCAAGUUGUCCAGACAGCAUCAGGUCCAGAGUGUCCAACUCCAGUUUUGCGGGUCGCUUCCUGCCUGGGCUGCCGGUGCUGCAGUGGUCCAAACACGCCACAGAGGCCGAGUACAAACGCCUCCAGCACUACCCCGGUGCCCACGGCUGGGGAGGGGUGACGUUUCCUGUGUUAAAGGCGUCCCUCUCGGUGCUGAACACCAGUGCUAACCGCGUGAUGUUUGACGACUGGCCGCGGAGGGCCAACGGGUCUCAGUGUAUCCGCUGUGCUGUCGUGGGCAACGGAGGAAUCCUCAAGGACUCCAAGAAGGGCCCGGAGAUCGACAAGCACGACUACGUCUUCAGGACCAACGGGGCGGUGACGGGUGGUUUUGAGCAGGACGUGGGCUCUCGAACUUCCUUCUACACCUUCUCAACCAACACACUCAGGAACUCCAUGCACAGCUACCACGGAGUGGGGUACAACGGACCUCCAGUAGCAGAGGAGACGCGCUACGUGUUUCUGCCAGACCACGACAGAGAUUACAUCCUCAUGAGAGCCUCCGCCAUGCACACCCCCAUAGACACGGGACCAGAACGCACCAAGACGCCUCCAACGUACUUUGGUGAAAACCCGAGUGUGGAGAAGUUCAAGAUGUACCAUCCAGAUUUCAUCCGCUACCUCAGAAAUAGGUUCCUGCGGUCGUCUGUGCUAAAGGGACGCUACAAGGACAUCUAUAGACCCUCAACAGGGGCCGUCAUGCUGCUAGCAGCACUACACACCUGUGACCAGGUGAGCGCGUACGGCUUCAUGACCCCCGACUACAAGAACUACUCCAACCACUACUACGACAGAACCUUCCAGGCCGUCGGUUUCUAUGCCAACCACGACUACCGCCUGGAGCUGGACCUGUGGCAGCAGCUGAGGAAAGAGGGGCUCCUGAACCUCUACAUGCGGCAGUGAGGAGACCAGGGCCCAUUUCAAUACCUGACCUUCUUCAACACCUUAGCUAAUGAGAUGGACCCAUGGAACUCUGGCAGGAGCUGAGGAGAGAGGGGCUCCUACACCUCCACAUGCGACAGUGAGGGAGAGUAGGAGACAAGGGCUCAUUUCAAUAUCUGACCUCCUGAGAAGGCUAGAUAAUGAGAUGGACUGAUGGGCAACCUGGAUUCCAAAGGACCUGGUUUCACCUGUCCAAUUCAACCGGGUAAUUGCCAUUUGGAACAUGUGGCACUGGAUUGUAGCUUCUGCUUGGAGGACAUUUGGAAUAUGUGGCACUGUAUUGUAGCUUCUCAAUCCAGGCUGCCCAUCACUGCUUAGGCCUGGAGAUGAAAAAGAGUUCAAGGGCUCCUAAACCUGUGAAGUGAAGAGACGUGAGGGCCCAUUUCAAUACCUGACCUCCUCCACAAGGCCACAAGCACAAGGCAAUGAUGGGAGGUUAGCUAAUGAGAUGGACCCAUGGACUCAUAGUAGGGGCUGAAGAGAGAUGGGUUUCUAAAACCAAAAUACCUGGUUUCACCUCUCCAAUUCAACCAGGUGAUUGCCAUUUCAAUUAUGUGGCUCUGGAUUGUAGCUUCUGAAUCCCAG